UCGCUGAUGAUCGCUGAGGAUAUCUGCAGAUUUCACCGGUGGCCGUCACAAACGUCCGCUGGCAAAUUCUUCCAUACCCGGUAAGAACAAAAGACAUUCCAAUUGCUAACGAAUUCGCUAUGCCUAGAUAAGAAAUAGCCUUGAAGAAUUGCUGGAUGCUACAUUAUCAUAAAAACGUUACCAAAAACCACAAACAUUUAAAAUUAGGGUAAGCUCAACAAACAUAAAAGUUUUGACGGAUACAAUUAUAUCUUGCCAAUCGUCAUCAGAAGGCCUUCAUGUUUUCGUGUGGCUGACUGUGUCUCAAAGAGAAAAAGAUGUCUAGGCAAAUUUCUGCGAUUUACAACAGUAUGCUUCAUAAAUUUUUCCUUGUCAAUCUCCGCAACAAUCACCACCAAUGAAACAAUCUGCUUUUUUCAAAUAAUGACGUUACAUUGGAUAAAAACAACAAUUAAUGUAUGAUCCUGAGGCUAGGUCUAUUCAUUAUUCACAAAAUUUGGCAAUUUUCAUUUCAAGUUACUGAAUCAGGAUUAUUUAUUGUUGUUGAAGCAUUUUCCUUUCAUUAAUUUUAUCAAUUGAACCAACAGUAAUUCGAUAAAGAAUUAGGGCACCUGCACAUUUUCAUCGUGUUGGUUUCAUAAGUUGCAGACGAUAUCAGAUUAAGAUGGAGUGCUGUGCGUCUAAAAUGUUUUGGACACAAAGAUCUGUGUUUAUACUGUACACGUAUGUAGCAAUUGCAAUGCUGUCAUUUGUUGCUGGACAGUCAAAUAAUAGCAGUGGAGACUUUUCAGAGGACGUCAAGUGUACUGUAAGGUAUGAUCUGGCAGCUGGUGUUGCGAAACAUCUCUAUGAAAAUGCUUCUUGCCAAACGACAUAUGAGUACUACAGAGUCUGCAAAAUGGUUUUGACAAUUUGGAACUAUGACUUGCCUCCAUACGUUUACACUUUGCAAAAUGGAACCUUGGAUGGAAUUCUGCCAGCCAUAUUAAAAAUAUUCGUGAGAAGUUGUUGCUAUAUUUGUACGCCGCUGAAAUAUCAAAAACCAUUCACGUCAAUAGACCAGAUGAUGCUAAAUAUUUAUAACCAAUCCCAUUACCAAAUAUUAAUGCCAGUCAUUGGAACCAAAGAUGCUGCUUUUUACCUUGGAAAGCCAUAUGUGAAACUAAUGAAUAACCCUGGUGUGGCAUACCUUCAAAUAGAUGACUCGCAAGAGCAAAUGUUGGACAGACUCUUCCAUUCGCUUGGAGACACAUUGCCAUUGCUUGCAAUGAUUGUGCUAUUGACCAUCGAGGGUGGUGUCAUCAUUUGGCUUCUGGAUGCAAGACAAAAUGCAGAGGAAUUCCAUCCGUCGUUCAUUAAAGGUUCUCUUGAAGGUUGCUGGUGGGCUUACGUUUCUAUGACAACCGUGGGGUAUGGCGACAAGUCCCCGCGUUCGUUUGCUGGUAGAGCGUUUGGUGUGCUGUGGAUAACUUUGGGAAUUGUCAUAUCAGGGCUUCUCACAGCUUCUAUUACUUCAUCAUUAACCUCAGCAACAGCUAGUGGGAAAACAAACUUAAAUCGCAAAAAUGUUGGAUUUUUGGAAAAGAUUACAUAUGGUUUCGAGCAGAACAUCAUCUACAGGGAAGGCGGAAAUGCAACUGGGUAUUCGAAUGUGUCCGACCUGAUAACUUCAUUGAGUAAGAGAACAAUUGACGGUAUUCUUAUGGAUAGGCUGAUAUUGAGAUACCACUGGAAGCAGUUUCAGGAGUCUGGUAUCAAGCUGGCAGUCAAAAAAGACAUUGCAAGCACUGACAUCAGCUUUGGCAUGAUAUUUGCAGAUAAAAGUCUGGCUUACUGGGCCCAUUUUUUGAGUAACUUCCAAGCAGAAAACCUGGAUGCUGAGAGUCGUAUACUAUUUGAUGCAAUAGAGAGCAUAAAAGAGAAGCUGCCAGAAGAACCCCAGGAAACAUUGGAAUUUGAAAAUGGAAUAUUUCGAUCAGCUGUGAUUUACAAGUAUGUACUAAUGACACUGUUUGGCUGUUGCACCGUAACAGUGUUGAUCGGCCUCGCAGCUACAGUUGCUCACAAGGUAUAUAGACAAAAGAGAAGAAAACAAGCAGCAGUUCAAGGCACUGAAAUCGCAGUAUUCCAAAAUGGCCUAUUAAAAGAUAGAUUUGAAGUCUUUUCGCAAACUGUCGAAAAAGCCUUCCGAGAGCAACUUGAGCAGCUACGAGAAGACAUACUUGAAAAGCAACAUGAUAUCAUAUCCAGAAAAUAAAUUGGCUGAAGGAAAGAAGUAAUAUGAGUGCAUCAGAGUUUUGAACUCUUGCUUGCUUGCCUGCACGUAAACAUCGUAGUUGGUAAAAAUAUGAUUUUGACUGAAUAAAAAUUAAAACUGUAUAAAUGUAUAAUUUAGUUCUCAAACUUCUUUUCUGACUGUAACUAAUGAAUUAUGAAAAAUAAUUCUAUAAACUGUAACUAUUUACGUUCUAUCUAUUUAUCUAAACUUUAUACCUUCGCAAAACUUAUUUUAAUUUACAACAGUUUAAGUGAGACACGGUGUAUGUCAUUCAUGCUUGAAGGUACCCCUUAAUGUCUAUCUCUUAUUUGUUGUACUGCCAGCAAAAGAACUCGUAUUUUUAAUAGUGGGUAAGGGCAGAAUCAAGGCAGCAGUCGACAAAAUGCAUAGUCAUUUUUCUUUUUCUGCAUCCGUUCUUUAUGGACUCGAAGUGAAGAAGAAGGCAAGCUCAUUUUAUUUAAAGACCCUUUAGAUGAGCUUUCAACCAGUGCAAUAAUAAAUAUUUUAUUGCUAAUAUUUGCUUUGAUGAAGCACUGAAGUUUGUUGUUAGUUUGCUUAUGUU